GGACUUGCUGUUUUCCGAACCGUGCGAGCUCUUCUCCUUUAGUCCUUUGAUUCAUCUGCCUCGCUGAAGGAGGCAGCUCCGGCGCUUCUCGUGACUCGUCGAUCGGAAUCACUUCGACGAUCGAAAGCCAUGGAAUCCCCGAGCAUGCCCAGAGUGAGGUUGGGAUCCCAGGGACUAGAGGUUUCGAGACUGGGUUUCGGGUGCUUCGGCGUUGCAGGGAUCUUCGGCGCGCCUUCCAGUGAUGAAGAAGCCAUCGGCAUCAUCAAGCAGGUGUUCGGUCGGGGCAUCACUUUCUUCGACACCUCCGACGCCUACGGACCGCACACAAACGAGAUAUUGAUCGGAAAGGCGUUGAAGCAUUUGCCGAGGGGAAAAGUUCAACUCGCCACCAAAUUUGGCAUCUCGAAGCACAAAGGAAAUGACCUCGAGAUCAACGGGAAGCCGGAGUACGUGCGGGCGAGCUGCGAGGCGAGCCUCGAUCGCCUGGGCGUGGACUACAUUGAUCUCUACUACCAGCACCGGGUGGAUUUGACCGUUCCUAUCGAGGACACCAUGGGAGAGCUCAAGAAGCUAGUGGAGGAGGGGAAGGUGAAAUACAUUGGACUGUCGGAGGCCAGCCCCGAUACAAUCAGGCGAGCACAUGCUGUGCACCCCAUCACUGCUGUGCAGAUGGAGUGGUCACUCUGGACUCGCGACCUCGAGAGUGAGGUCGUUCCUCUUUGCAGGAAUCUUGGCAUUGGAAUAGUUGCAUAUAGCCCUCUUGGCUCUGGGUUUUUCGCUGGAAAGGCCAGUGUAGAAAGCUUGACUCCUGGCAGUUUUCUGUCUCAUCUCCCUAGGUUCUCUGGAGACAAUUUGGAUAGGAACAAGAUUCUAUAUUUUCAGUUAACAAACUUGGCUGCGAAGCAUGACUGUACCCCUGCUCAAUUAGCCCUUGCCUGGCUUCUCCACCAAGGGAAUGAUGUAGUACCCAUUCCAGGGACGACGAAGAUCAAGAACUUGGAGGAGAACAUUGGCUCCCUGAUGGUGAAGCUUACAGAAGAUGACCUGAAAGAGAUUUCUGAGGCAUUGCCUGUGGAUGAAUUUGCUGGGGGUAGAGCCAUGGGACCUUUUGCAUCAUAUGUGUGGCAGCUUGCAACUACACCCCCCAAAAUCAUGUAAUCAACUUUUCAUCCCCUCUACCAAUAGGUCACAAGUUUCUGUUGUUUACUCUGGCAUUUAUAAUUACCAGCUUUGUAAUAAACAUGGAAAUAGAUUUUGCAACUCAGUUGCCUAAUUAACCCACCGUUUGUUUUGCAAUAAAAUAUUUAUG